AUGCCUAGGAGCCACAAGGGUAAAGGUCGCUCUCAUACCAAACGUCAAAAUGUACAGGAGAAGAGCCAAAGUCUUGAUGAUACUCAUCUCACUGCAAAGGAGGAACCAACAUCAUCUAUUUGUCAAGGGGAUCCCCCCAGGUCCCCUGAUGGCUGCACUCACCAGGGCACUCAGACAAAUGUAGCUUCUGUUUCUGAUGACUUAAGUGUGUUGUCAAUAGGUGCUGUAGGUGGUGAGACUUCUGGUAUGAAUGCUGAGGUUUCUGUUAUAAGCUCUCUGAGACAUACAGGAACCUCCAUGGUAGGUUCUGCCACUCGUUCUGUGCGCAGAGGUGCUCUCAACAGGAAGACAAGUGAAUUGAUGGAGUUCAUGCUGGAGAAGUUUAGGGUGAAAGAGCACUUUACACAGAAAGAUAUGUUGAAGGUGAUUAACAGGAAGUACAAAGCACACUUUCCUGAGAUAAUUAGAAGAAUAUAUGUGCAACUGGAAUUGGUCUUUGGUCUCGAGUUGAAGGAAGUUGAUCCCAUUUCUCAGUCAUAUAUGCUUGUGGGCAUGCUGGGUCUCUCUACCGAGGGAAAUUUGAGGAGCAGUAGUGGGUUACCCAAGACAGGGCUCCUUUUGACACUCCUGGCUGUGAUCUUCCUGAGUGGCAACAUUUCCAGUGAGGACGACAUCUGGGAAUUCCUGAAAGUUGUGGGGAUAUAUCCUGGAAGAUAUCAUCCAAUCUUUGAGGAACCUAGGAAGUUCAUCACAAAGGAUCUCGUGAAGGAAAAUUAUCUGGAGUACCAUCGGGUGUCUGGCAUUGAUCCCCCAAAAUAUGUGUUGCUGUGGGGUUCCAGAGCCUAUGCUGAAACCACAAAGAUGAAAGUCCUGGAAGUUUUAGCUAAGAUCAAUAAUUGUAUUCCUAGUUACUUCCCAUGUCUAUAUGAGGAGGCUCUGGUUGAUGAGGCUAAUAGAGCAGCAAGGAGAGUUACAGAAGUGCCUGGCAAUGCCUAUGACAGUCCUCCUUUAGGGUACAUAGCCCACAACAUCUCCUUUGUCUAG